AUGGCUGGAAGGCAAGCACUAGUUGUGCCUGCGCUGAAGAGGCACUCAGCGACCGUGAUCAUGGCGCAUGGCCUGGGAGACAGUGGUGCGGGCUGGAUCUCUCUCGCCGAGAGUUGGCGGAGACGGGGCAAGUUCGAGGAUGUCAAAUUCGUCUUUCCCAAUGCGCCGAACAUCCCUAUCACAGUGAACAUGGGUAUGAGCAUGCCCGGUUGGUAUGAUAUCACAGAUUUCUCCGACCUCAACCAGCAGCAAGAUGAGACUGGCAUCCUCCGUAGUCGAGCCACCUUCAACAAACUCAUCGCCGACGAGAUUGGAGCCGGCAUCCCGUCGAACCGAAUCAUACUGGGCGGUUUCUCGCAGGGCGGUGCCAUGUCCCUAUUCACAGGCGCCACGACACCGCAUAAGCUAGGAGGCGUCUUCGGACUGUCCUGCUACCUUGUUUUGGCGGACAAGAUCAAAGAUUUUGCAAAAGAGGCUGGGGAUGCUAACAAGGACACACCCUUCUUUAUGGGUCACGGCGAUAGUGAUCAAGUGGUCAAGUACAAAUGGGGACAACAGACGGCAGAAUUUCUACGGAAGGAGAUGGGACACAAAGUAGAAUUCAAGACGUAUCGAGGACUUCCUCACUCUGCAGAUCCCCAAGAGAUUGACGACCUGGAAAAGUUUAUCAAGGAGUGUCUGCAACCAGUCAACGAGUCUCUCUGA